UCACCUUUCUGGACUCGUAUUUGCAAGUGUUGGAGCGGGGAUUUUUGCGAAUUUUUUACCAGUUCUUUGCAACCUUGACUUUGUAGUGUAGUUGUUAUACAUCACAUCUAUGUAAAUGGCAUACGGCAUUAUCACCUGUCACUUUCAUUUCUGCAGGCAGAUACCAUUUAUGGAAGGUCCGGUGCAAAGUAAAUAACGCAUUACAGAUUAUGACUUGGUAUGUGUAAUUGUAGAGAGUGCCCAGGUGAACAAAAGAAUACAAAAAUUGCAAAAAUAUUAUAAAACUAAUGCAACAUGCCUUCGCUCGCAAAAGCAAUAAAUUCAAAGUAUCAUUCCGACAAUUUUGUGUAUAAUGGGCCAGAAGACGGAUCUUUUGUUAUUUUUGCACCGAAAAAGAUUCCAUUACUUAAAGGAGCAACACCUCAAACCCUUGUUCUAAAUGAAUGCAUGAUUGACACUGCUGGAGAUUUAGGGGAGCUUGAAAAUGUAUGUGCAAAAGUUGCUGAGCUUGAUUUGUCUCAUAACGAUCUCAAGUCAUGGGAAGAGGUAUUGAAAAUCAUGAAGAAUUUCAACAGUCUAAAGUUCCUUAAUUUGAGCUACAACAAAAACUUGUCACAAGAAAUUGAUAAUAAUUUAUGCCUCGAUUUUGCUUCUAAUUUGGAGACCCUGGUCUUAAUUGGCACUGAGAUUAAGUGGAAUUCAAUUUCUUCGCUUUUAAGCGUUCUCACGUCCUUGAAGGAGUUGCAUCUUUCUUUAAAUCAGAUUCGUUGUCUCACCAAGGAAGAAGAGUUUUGCAACAUUGAAAAGCUCACGUUCGAUGGAAAUCUAAUGUCUGACUGGGGAGAAGUUGCGAAAUUAGGAAAAACUUUCCCGUCCUUGAAGCAGCUAAGCUUAUCCAACUGUCCAUUACGCCUGCAAGUAUUUAAUUCAGAUGACGUGGGCGGAAAGUGCGUCGAGGACACUUUUCAAAACUUGGAAGUGCUUAACCUUUCGUCCACAUUGUUGGAAACGGAGGAUGAACUUUUGAGAUUGAAUAAUUUCCCAAAAUUGAGAGAAUUACGGAUUUCCGGAAUUCCAUUUUUAGAAAGAGUUGAAGAAAAACAAAGACGACAAGAACUUAUCGCAUUGUUGCCAAAAAUUCGAGUAUUAAACGGAGGAGCUGAAAUUAUGCAGGACGAAAGAGAAAGUGCAGAACGAUUUUUCAUUCGAAAGUUUUUAGACGUGGAGGAAAAACCUUUGAGGUAUUUCGAACUUACCGAAAAGCAUGGACAACUCUUACCUUUGGCGGACAUUAAUUUUAAACCCGUGACAAAGGUUACGUUAAAAAUCAAGUUUGGAUCAGAGACAGUUAAUCAGAAAAUCAACUUGCGACAAAGCGUUAAAGAACUUAAGAAGUUCCUGGAACCAACUGUGGGCUUGCCUGCAUCAAGAAUGGAUUUAUACUUCUUGGACCUAGGAUUGGGCGGUCGAAACAUACUUCGACAUCCCAACAAACAAUUAUACACGUACAAUAUGCACGACGGUGACGAAAUAUAUGUCGAAAUUAAAAACAAUUGUUCCAUGCAAAUUUCCCAACGGUAGUGUAAAGGCUGGCAGUAAAAUUAAUAAGCCAAAAAUAAUAAAAAUUAAACACUUUCUGUAAUAUCUAUUCAAUAUUUUCUGUAAUUAUAAAGUAAUUAUUCAAUUAUACUAGCGAAACAAA